AUGGCGCUCGAGAACUACGUCGAGAUGCAGUCGAGCACGGCCGACCCGCAGUUCCGCCUCUGCAAGGCGGUGGAGAACGCGCUCGAGAACUCGCCCCUCGGCGCGCGCUUCCGCUCGCGCUACGCCAUGGUCUGCUACGGCGGGGCGGGCAACGUGACCUACGCCAACGCGCAGGCGCUCGGCCGCGUGCAGUGGGAGAUCGUGCUCGAGCUCGCAAAGGGGGUGAGCAGCGCCGAGGAGGCGGCGGCGCAGCUCGACGUGGCGCAGGCGGAGAGGCUGCUGGCGGAGAGGCUCGAGCCGCUGCAAAAGGAGCUGCAGGUCGACCUCGCCACGGUGUCGCACGCUGCAUAG